AUGAGGAGUAACGUGGACCUUGAGCUCGAUAGUCGGUUUGGUUGUCUUCACCAACGACAACAAACACUUCAAAGUGUUGGUGCACUACGUCGCUCGCCAAUGUCCUUGAACAAUUGCGUUAUGGGGAAACGGACGCUCCUGGCUCUCAAAGGUAGAUUCGGUGGGGCGAGAUGGCCCAAAUGGUUAGAGCGCGAGUUUACUGACCGGAAGGUCCGUGUUUCGAACCUGACCUCUGCCACUCAACUUCCACUGUCUAGGCUUGGGCAACCUGGGAGUAUCCCAGCCCUCUUAGGCGCCGGAAAGGUGCCACAGCUUAGUUCAGUGGAAGUAGUGCUGCGGAUGAAAUGGUUUGAGAUUCGAAAUCCAACCAGGCAGACGUACUUCACCGUGAGGUGGAUAGAUUCAGCGGAACAGCAGAAAAACAACUAG